AUUUCUUGAAUGACAAUUUUUUUCAACAGAGCUGACAGAGCAUGUGUGUCAGUAUUUAUUUGAGCUGCUUGUGUAAAAAUUAUAAGUUGAUGAAGUAGAAGAUUAUUCAUUACAUACAAUUCUUUUGAAAUAUUUCGUGUUAUUAUUGUCAUUCUAAUUUUUCCAAAUGUCUAAGUCCAAUCAUUUGUGGAAUUAUUUGCUAAAUUAUGAAGACAACAUCAUCAAAGAAAACUCAAAGAAUUGAAAACAAGAAGAAAAAAAUGGCCGCAUUAUGGGAAAUCUCCAAAUUGAAUGAAUAUGAUCGUGCUUUUAAAAAGAAACAAAAGUUGGAUACUGUAGCUACUGAAAUAAAUUCUACUGAUACAGUGGUUGAACCAAAAACUAAACGUCUCAGAACAGAUACAGAAAAUUUAUACAACCCUCCAUUAAUUGGUGAAAUUGGACCAUCUGGUAAAGUUAAAUUAUCAGGUGAAGAGUUUCUAGCCCUAAAGAAAAAGCUGAGAGAGCAUACUACAAAAAUGAGGCAGCAUCCAAAUUUCCGUUUACGUGAAAUCGGGGAUAAUGCCUCACUGAAAACUGAAACUGAAAGCAGAAUACCCUUAUUUCUUUCCGAUGUGCAGCAUUUAAUUCUCUACUCACAAAUCGGAGUACAUGCUCCCUAUUCCCCAGCUAGAUGGUGUUGUUUGGAAAAGUACAAUCGACUUUUGAAUACAAACAUUUUAGUUGUUGAAAAUCUCUCUAUGUACCAUUUCAGUUCAUAUGAAAGUAGUUUUGAAUUCUUGUCUUCUAAAUUUCAACAUAAAUUAGAAGUGUUGUCCCCAUUCUCAUAUAGGGGAGAUAUUAUCAAAGAAAUCUCCAUGGUACCAAUUACAAGUACUCAAAUGAAAAAAUUCAUUAAUGAAUAUGGUACAUUAGAAUCUGCAGUAAUGAAAAGCGAAGACUUAUUUGACACUGUGAGAAACUUAUUCCCCAUUGAAGAAGACAUUUCAAACUCAGAAAACAACAGUGAACUUCCCCCUUCAGACAAGUUUCCAAGAACACAGUUACUUUUAUCAGGUUGGGAACUUGUCGAAGAAAACUUUCCCCUUCCAAUUAAAGGUUUGAUGGAACAUAAAUAUGAUGGCUAUGUUUUGACCAAAGAUAAGUAUUUGGAGGUCACUCCCUUCAGUCCAAUGUUCGGUGUGGAUUGUGAAAUGUGCAAGACAUCUACCGGCGAAUUAGAACUCACCAGAGUAUCCAUAGUGGAUGAGAAAUUAAAUGUUUUCUAUGAAACUUUAGUUAAGCCCCACAAUAAAAUAGUCGAUUAUCUAACAAGGUAUUCGGGUAUAACUCCAAAGUUAAUGAAAAAUGUCACCACCCGCCUAAAGGACGUCCAAGAAAUAUUGAGGAAGAAAUUGCCAGCUAAUGCCAUUUUGGUUGGGCAAUCAUUGAGCAACGAUUUACAUGCUCUGAAAAUGAUGCAUCCAUAUAUAAUUGAUACUAGUAUUAUAUUCAACAUAACUGGAGAUCGGACAAGGAAGACUAGACUUCAAACGUUGGCAAGGGAAUUUUUAUCUGAAAAAAUUCAAGAGAGUAGAAAAGGGCAUUGUUCAACAGAAGACAGUAGCGCAAGUUUGAAACUCGCCCAGUUGAAACUAAGGAAAUCGAUCACAUUUGGAGAUGCUGUUUUAGGCGGUAUAGAGAAUGAAUUUCGCUGCUAUCCGGAAUUAGGUAAUCGUAAUUAUGCAACAAGUAUGCUGAAGCAAGUUACACGAAUGGAGAAAUCUGCGUCUUUGACAGCUUUAGAAGAUGUGUGUGCCAAAUAUAAAUACUAUGUGGAUAAGGGUUCAGAGACUAAACAAGAUUCCAAAAUCAAGUUUUACUCUGAAAAUUCGAACAAAGAUGUUGUGAAAAAAUUUUGUGGAUCUCUUCUGCAACAGUCGUUGAAUAUUGCUCAUAUUAGAAUACCAGAAACUCAAUUAGAUACGAAGAAUGCAACACAGACUAUAAGAACGGUGGAUCAGUGGAUUCAAGACGUGUACAAUCACACAGCCGCUCCUGGUUUAUGUAUUGUGAUAUUCGGGGGUCAAAAAGAAGGAGGUAAUGCCUGCUGUUUCAUUCAAGUGAGGGGUAACUGUUGAGUGUUCAAACUCUUAUAUGAUGUAUAAAUUGUAAUGAAGAAUAAUGUUACAUGAUUAAAUUAAUUUUUGUAUGUUUA